CGGGCUCGGGGGUCCCGGCGGAGCGCAGCGGCCCCGGGAGGGGCCAUGUCCGGCGCGGGCGCGGCGGGGCCCGCCUGCAGCGAGUGACCGGGCGGCCCCGCGGACGGCGCGGUGCCCGGUGGCGCGGAGGCCGGCGCGAUGCACGUGCGCGCGGGGCGCCCCGGGGCCCUGGCGGCGCUCUGGGCGCCCCUGUUCCUGCUGCGCGCCGCGCUGGCCGACUUCAGCCUGGACAACGAGGUGCACUCGAGCUUCAUCCACCGGCGCCUCCGCAGCCAGGAGCGGCGCGAGAUGCAGCGCGAGAUCCUCUCCAUCCUGGGCCUGCCGCACCGCCCGCGCCCGCACCUCCAGGGCAAGCACAACUCGGCGCCCAUGUUCAUGCUGGACCUGUACAACGCCAUGGCGGUGGAGGAGGGCGGCGGGCCGGACGGCGCGGGCUUCUCCUACCCCUACAAGGCCCUCUUCAGCACCCAGGGCCCCCCGCUGGCCAGCCUGCAGGACAGCCACUUCCUCACCGACGCCGACAUGGUGAUGAGCUUCGUCAACCUGGUGGAGCACGACAAGGAGCUCUUCCACCCGCGCUACCACCACAGGGAAUUCCGCUUCGACCUGUCCAAGAUCCCCGAGGGGGAGGCCGUGACGGCCGCCGAGUUCCGCAUCUACAAGGACUACAUCCGGGAGCGCUUCGACAACGAGACGUUCCAGAUCAGCGUCUACCAGGUGCUGCGGGAACACCUGGGCAGGGACUCUGACCUGUUCCUGCUGGACAGCCGGACGCUGUGGGCCUCGGAGGAGGGCUGGCUGGUGUUCGACAUCACGGCCACCAGCAACCACUGGGUGGUCAACCCCCGGCACAACCUGGGCCUGCAGCUGUCGGUGGAGACCCUGGACGGGCAGAGCGUCAACCCCAAGCUGGCGGGCCUCAUCGGGCGGCACGGACCCCAGAACAAGCAGCCCUUCAUGGUGGCCUUCUUCAAGGCCACCGAGGUCCACCUCCGCAGCGCCCGCUCCACGGGGCCCAAGCAGCGCAGCCAGAACCGCUCCAAGCCGCCCAAGAACCAGGAGGCCCUGCGGGUGGCCAACGUUGCAGAAAACAGCAGCAGUGACCAGCGGCAGGCCUGCAAGAAGCACGAGCUCUACGUCAGCUUCCGCGACCUAGGCUGGCAGGACUGGAUCAUCGCACCCGAGGGCUAUGCCGCCUACUACUGCGAGGGGGAGUGCGCCUUCCCGCUCAACUCCUACAUGAACGCCACCAACCACGCCAUCGUGCAGACGCUGGUGCAUUUCAUCAACCCGGAGACGGUGCCCAAGCCCUGCUGUGCGCCGACGCAGCUCAACGCCAUCUCGGUCCUGUACUUCGACGACAGCUCCAACGUCAUCCUGAAGAAGUACCGCAACAUGGUGGUGCGGGCGUGCGGCUGCCACUAGCACCUCCCGGCCCCGCGUUCCCCGCACAAGACUGUCCGCACCCCUGCCCAGCCUGCAGGUGAGGGGCGUGAGGAACGGGGGGCGCCAAGGGCCUUCCGUCGUGGCCCCUCGGAGAAGACCCCACGGACCACCACAGACAGAACCCAGCGGGAGCAAGCAGGCGGAGAGCCGGGCUCAGCCACGGGUGCCCACCAGGCUCCGGCUCGUCCCCGCCCCCGCCAGGCCGCCACCCCCGGGCGGAAGCGGGCACGGAGCGGGCACGGCCAGGGGUGGGCACGGUCUGUGCGGAGGACCCCGACAUGGGAAUUCCUGUAAUAAAUGUCACAAUAAAACGGAUGAAUGAACACGGUUA